CUCAGUUGCCCUUUCGGACCUCGACGGGCUUCCUCAUAUAAAUCAAUGGUUUCAUAUCAAAUUGUAGACAGAUCGCCUAUGAAAGUGUUUGAUGCAAAUCAGAAAUUUUACAAAAUGUUCAUAUUUUGUUUCUGCAAAGACUUUUCGUGGUGGCAAAUAAAGUUCGUUCGAAAGAUGUCAUCGUCUUCCAUAUACAGACAAAUCUUCAUAUUAUAGCACUCUUACGAGACGAUUGGCACGGUUAUAUUGGUCAAAUUUAAAAUCAAUCUGGAUAUGUAUAUAGAGGCUACAAAAUAUUUACUAGAAGCAUGAAAAGUUUAAUAAAAAAAAAAAAAACUUAGCAUACAGCAUAAACAACCAUCUUAAGCAUGUAAUGAAACGAGUAUCGAAGCUUAUUAAUAUAACGAAUAAUUGACUAUUCAAAUACUUUUACGAUCACUGUGAAAUACAUAGAUAUCGUACUUGUACCGAAUAUCUUGUAAUUUCUAUAUAUAAUUUCGGAUUUGUUUCAAAGUUUCGCAGCAUAGCCAGAGUGCUACUGGAAUUUCAAAAUGUUUCGUACAACGCAUAUAGCGUAUCCAGAGAAGGUUUUCAUAAUCUUAUUUUAGUUUUCAAUAUUUAACUUCGAAUACUUUCAAUAUUUUGGACCAAGUACUAUAACGUACUAUAUCCAAUCGAAUUAUUAACGUUUUACGUAUCCUCGUUGUAACGAUUCUUCGAUACUGGUUAUAUAUUAGCAGGCAUUCGUUGAGCCGUUCCGAAUAGAAACGUUAAAUAGUCCUUUACUUGACAUACGGUGAUGCCUAGUGCCCACGAAAUAUUUUAGGUUGGCCAUACCGAGCGUGCCAUAUAUCACUCUGAAAGCGCGCCUACGACCAAUCGAACGAUCGCGCGAAAAAUCAGGACAGUGUUUCGGUAGUUGACGGUCGAAGGAUCGAUCGAAAAUUCGUUUUUCCAAGACCUGUGCACUCUAUCCUGCCCUACCUCGACCUGCACUGCUACGGGAGAGAGACGUGCUUCUAGAGGGGGUCGAAGAGCGGCAAAUUCUUGCAGUCUAGUGGAAGACCGUGAUGCCGAUGCUACCGAGCCGAACUUAACGGUUCUCCAGUAUCGAACGCGUCGUUGUUCGUGAGUUACGCGCGUUCCUAUCGAUCUAUACACUCGAACAAGAAUUAUUCGAUUAGUAGGUGAUUUACGUCGCGAACUAUACACGCGUAACACACGCGCGCUAGUAGAGGUAACUGGAAGUAUAUCACUAGGAAUUUUAAAGGUUCGUUUAUCUCGUUUCGAGAACAAGGAACAACAGGUGCCGUCAAGGAAGCGCUUCGAUGGCUUCUAUCUUGUAACACGUACAAAACAGAUUUUUGUUUCUACGUGUUGCGUCCUUUUACGUGAUUUCUUUAACAACUGGCUACGAAUUUCGGCUUCGCCGGAACACGUCAUGGGCCAAAACUGGCUAUAAACUAAUGCUGACAAAUAUGAAUAUACGUCGAACGGUGUUGCUGCUACUCGAAAGCAUAAUCGCAAUCGUGGCAGCAACCUCCAGCUGUCCAUGGGCGCAACACGUAGUCGAUCUCGAGAGUUCCUGCAUCUGCGACUACAACCUGGCCAGGGAACUUUCGGUACAAUGUGACAUCGUCGAUUACGAGCAACUUCUAUCCGCUAUGCGGCGUCACGUUUCCAAAACCACCAUAGACCUAUUCUACGUCAACAACAGCACCAUAGGAAUCUUGAGGAACGAUUCGUUCUCAUCCGUGAAAAUCAACAACAUGCAAUUAUCUGGCUGCCAAAUCAAAGGUAUCGAGGCGCACGCGUUUAGGGGCCAGGAAAGCUGUUUGAAAAGCAUCAAUCUGAAAGACAACGAAUUGACCGAGAUUCCCAGCGAGACGCUGAAAACUCUAAAGAAUCUCACGGUGCUGGAUCUUUCGAUGAAUAAAAUUACGAGGGUGAACGACGACACCUUCGCGGGAUUAAAGUUAGUUACGUUGAAACUCUCCGACAACGAAGUUACUUUGGCGCCUGGAUCGUUUCGAGGAUUGGAGAGGUCGUUGAAAAAUUUGAAUUUGAAGGGAACCAGGCAGAAGAAGGUUCCCGAAGCGCUUAGAGGUUUAAGGACACUGGCGUUUCUCGACUUGUCGCAGAACAGUAUCAGAGAGUUGCCCGGCUCCGCCGGUACCAAAGCUUUCGAGGGAUUGGAUUCGUUGACCGGUCUGAAUCUCGAGAGAAACUUGAUACAAAAUAUCGGAUCCGAUACGUUUUAUGGUAUCAAGAAUACUUUGAGCUCGUUGAGCUUGUUGAACAAUCUUAUUCCCGACUUUCCCACGGCUGCCAUCAACAGCGUACAAGACCUAAGGGUGCUGGAUAUAGGAUUCAAUCUGAUAACGGAGUUGCCGAUAAACGCGUUUCAAAAGAAUCCGUCGAUAACUUUGCUAGCGAUCGAUGGAAAUCCUUUGUCAACCGUUCCGGAGGAAGCUCUAGCUCGACUAAACGGAACGCUUCGAGGUCUGAGUUUAGGAGGCCGAUUUCUGGUCUGUGAUUGCAGAUUACGGUGGAUCGUCGACUGGAUAAAAACCAGAGACUUGCAAGUCACUAGUCGGGAACGCAAGCCGCAAUUCUGCGGAAGUCCGCAAAACUUGCAAGAUAAAAGCUUUUACAACAUCGACACAGCAGAAAUGACCUGCGAAAGAACUCCAGAGAUAAUCGGAAUCGGAACGGUAGAAAGCGUGGACACGAGAGAACCUACAGGAUCCGCUAUAGUAGCCAACGGUUACAAUCCAACCACUCGACCGUCGAUUAACCUACCUACUACUACUGCAACAACUACGACCGUAUCAACGACAGCGCUUGUAUCUUCCACAACGGAAUUCCAAAAAACCGAGACACCAUUUUCCACUACACCAAGAACCAUCACCAACAGGCCAACCGUUGCGCGAACAGGAAACGUGGUGAUAAUGAGGACCACACCAACCCCGCCGAAACAAAUUCAGGAUCAAUUGCAGCAACAUCAACCAAGACCACCCUUGGUACUUGGUUCGCCACUUUAUAAAUCAAAAUUCACCGACAAAGAUAUUAUCGUCAAGGACGUACUCAGACAAGAUAACGCAGUGAUUAUAUACUGGGACACGGAAGCGACGAAUAUUUUAGGUUUCAAAGUAAUUUAUAGAUUGUUUGGCGACAGUAGUUUCAAGCAGGCACCGCCUUUGGAGGCCAGUGAACGUGAAUUCAAAAUCAAGAACGUUCCUUCGCAGGAAUGUAUCGUAGUGUGCGUAGUAUCGUUGGAAGAAACAAACAUCACUCCUGCAAACGUGCCCUACAAUCAAUGCAAGGAGGUAAGAACGGAAAACUCGCCUACGUCCAACAUGGAUAAAAUUACUAUCGCUGCGAGUGCAGCCAUAUGCGCCACUAUAGUGGUAGCAGUGAUAAUAUUUAUUGUUGCGAAUCGGCGAAGGGCCAGAAAACUUCAUACUCUUCACAGUAUUGAUCAGACAAAAAUGGGAGGACCCAUUACUGGUUUACCUGUGAAUUGUUGUUCCAACGUUGGUCCGACACCCAGCCCUGGUGGGCCGUUGUCAUCAAUGGCGACACUCAGUGCUUAUAAUGCUCAAAAAGAAUGGGAUCAAGUAUCUGCAUACAGUAACAGAAGCAUACCAAGGCCAAGGAUAUUCCCCGUUGAUCGACAAGGUUCGAUAACUAGAGCUUCUUGCAUCGACGAUGUCAGAUCACAGACAGGACAUUACAGCGGAAAAGUAUCGACUCGUUCCGUAGUCGAUGGACAAUCUCAGCACAGUUUCUCUAACACAUCGACGAGAUACUUUGCAAACAACACUUUGACUUCCAAUCUCGCUAACACAAGAUCAGAGUUGAGACAAUCUCGACAAUCUUUGGCCGCAGCUUCUGACAGAAUAUCGCGAACGAACUUUUCACCCAGUCACGUGCCACCGCAUUCUUCGUCUAGAAGGCAAAGGCCAAGAUCGUGUAAUCGAACACUGGAGCAAAACCCACCAAGACCAGGUAGCAGAUACAGCAUAGCCGAUUCAACGCACACCCUUAAUAAUUACGAAGAGAACAAUUGGACCGAUCAUGAUAUGGACAUAUACAUGGCACGUAAUCCAACUACGAGGACUGGUCUUAUGCCUCUCUGAUUCCACACAUUGUAUGUGCGCGGUUUUGCUCAAACGUGUUCAGUGACAUUCUUUUUCUUCAGACCGCUUGAACUGCUCUCACUCACGUAGUUGUAAUAUAUAACGUGACGUUUCAAAAAGUUCAGAGAUUUAUAGAUAGAGAAUAGCGUUGACAUAGUAUCAAUGUUAAAUUAAACACCUGAGACGUAUGUUAUUACAAAAAUUACUGUGUAAUAGAUGUAUUAACAUAGUAACAUGGAGGAUACGUUACAAACGUGUAGCUUUAAGAAAGUUGAUGUUAAGAAAUUGCUUCAAGGUGCACAGUUAAAAAUAUAUAUACGUGCUAUGUGUGCUCGAGCAAAACGUUCGAUUUCAAACGGUUUUAGCACACGAUCUCUCAACAACAACAACAAGAAAAAGAAACAUAGCACUAAGUGAUGAAUAAGUCAAGUUUAUCGCGUACGUGGUGGAUGUGUUUUUAUCCAAAGACUGUAUUAUAAAUCAACGUCUGUCAAAUUCUGUAUUAUGUUUAAUGUCUUCUGCUUGUUGACGCAUGUUUAUAAGAAAUGUACUGAUAUUAAAGUAUUUCUUAACAUAUGAUAUGUUCUGGUAAUAAGAGAUUUCGCUAUUGAUAAAUAUAGAGCAAUUUUGUAUAUUUCUACGUACCGAUAAUUUUAUAUUUCAGUAUUAGAAUAAAAUCGAAACUGAAUACACAUACGAUACAAUUAUGUGUAUUACUCUGAUAUAUUUUGUAAAAUUAAUGCGUACUAAUAAAUUCUAAAUAUUAAUAGAUUAACGGAAACGGCGAUAUAAUUUCUCAUUUCUUCAUUUUAUCACAUUGCAUAAAACUGCCAGUUCACAAUUUCCCUUUACGAUAAGGAUCCACGCAUUUUAUUUUUUACGGUGCAAUUUUGCUUGAUAAAACGUGC